AUGAGCAUACAAACAUCAGUUACACGCUCACUCAACGGCGUGUGGUCCGCAUUUCUCGCCGCAGUCGGACGGUUAGACAAGUCUCUUUCACCUAAGGAUACCCUCAGACGUCUCCGCAAACACUCAUUCACGUUAUCGGACACCGUCUAUGUGUUCCACAUCCUUCUCGCCUCUUUCUGGCUCUACGUAAUGCAGUCUCCCGGCUUCCCGCUGAAGCUCAUGAUACCCAUACUCUACGCAGCAGCCCUGAUCAUACCCCUCACCUCGCAGUUCUUCGUACCCGCCACACCGGUAUUCGCGUGGCUCCUCACGUACUACAGCUCUAGAUUCAUUCCUGCAAAUUGGCGUCCGUCAAUAUCGGUUGUACUUCUUCCCACUCUGGAGUCUGUCCUAUACGGAGCCAACAUCUCCGACAUCCUCACUCGGUUCACCCAUCCCGUCCUGGACAUUCUGGCAUGGCUGCCGUACGGUGUCGCGCACUUCACUCUUCCGUUUGUGGUCGCCGCGUUUCUCUGGAUGUUCCGGACCAAGGAGGUGUUGCAUUUUUGGGCAUGCGCGUUUGGCUACAUGAACCUCAUCGGAGUGCUCAUCCAAAUCCUCCUUCCGUGUGCCGCGCCGUGGUACGAGCUCAUCUACGGCCUGACGCCUGCGAACUACUCCAUGCCCGGCUCCCCCGGCGGCCUUGCGCGCAUCGACAAAUUGUUCCAUUCGAACGGUUACACGGUCGCGUUCUCGAACGCGCCGGUCGUUUUUGGCGCGUUCCCGUCCCUGCAUUCGGCGUGCGCGACCAUCGAGGCGUUGUUCAUCUCGCACUUUUUCCCCCAUAUGGCGAAAUUUAUCUGGUCGUAUGCCGCAGUCCUGUAUUGGGCGACGAUGUACCUGACGCAUCACUACCUCAUCGACGUCGUCGGGGGGUCGUGUCUGGCGAUUGCGUGUUUCUACUUCUUCCUGCCGGAAGAACUUAAGGGCGCAGCGGCGACCGCCGCCCCUGGCGGCCUUCAGAACGGGUACGCGAGCAGGCGGUCGAAGUACGAGAUCUAUGACCUGGAGGAACCGCAUGGGCUCGGCCGUAAUGGACGGAGCCCCAAUGGGCACAUCAUGCGGGAUGCAGCGGACUAUGACAUAGAGGAACUGUCGGACAGGGACUCGGAGGGCGAGGAGAUGGAUAUCACGUAUCGCUCGCCGGUGGUACCCGACGGACCGAAUUCUGCGACGCCUCUAAUGAAGCCAGGUGCCGCUGCAGGGUUCCAGCUACCGCCAAAGAAGAACCAUCGACAUACUGCGAGCAUCGCGAGCUUGAUCCGGGCGGAGGAAAGGGCAGAGGACGGCUGGAGCCCUAUCGGCGGGUCGUUCGUGUUCCCCCAGCCGUCGGGACGCCCUGUGGACGAUGCGAAAGGCUCGCGAGUUUAA